GGCUCCCCGUGACUUUUCUAGAGAGUGCGUUUACAGUUUUCAGCGCAAGCUACGUUCCUAUGUUGCUACCACGACCACAGACCAAAAUGCGUUGGACAUGGCUACAAACUACAAUUCCUGACGAAAGUUGGAUCAUUUUGAUCAUGGAGAAUCAAUUUGAGGGGAACAACAAGCGUUAGUCACCUGGAUAUAGCUGCAAUGCAUUCCGUUGGCUACUUAUUUGAGAGAUAGGGGAAAAACUGCAACUCCUGUUGUGGUGUUCAUGGAGGCUCACAGGACCAUUUCAGUGAGCGAGAGGACCGGCGAAAUGUCACCUGUGUAGUGUUGUUGUACACCUUGUAGUAAAGUAUUUACCAAGACGAGAGUGCGGAGUACAAAAGCCUGGAUCCCCAUAUUCUGCGUCAAUUUAUAAAUUGGCCUGUUCAAAUGUGAGCAAAAAAAGUUAUCACGACAGCAGCUGCGCUGUGGGAGGUACCUCGCGAGCAACAAGAUGAUAAGAUCAUUGAUAUGACCUACUCCUUUAUCCCGUUUAGUAAGCAUUAGUCGAUUAUAAUGAGCUUGUAGGUAUCAAAGUAAAAGGUGGACGUCGCUGUGGUUUCAAAGCACCUUCAAUUAUGUGCCGGACUAGCUUCUUGAUCUAUCUAGGCUACUAAGACGUUCAGACAGUUUUUCCAUGAAGUAGUUUUCAGAAUUUUGAAUGAACUCUCAUAUCGUGUUGUGGAAUUUGGAAUGACUUUAUGUCAUUGCCGCACACACCUUGGACCAGCGUUUAGAGCUCCAACGCUAUUGACUGCAACCCACCCGGGAUAGUAGGCUACACAGGAAGAAUUGCGCAGUUUUCAGGUUUUUGUUUGUGUAGUCUUUUUACGGGUUCAAUUGGCACCCAUUUAAGCUCAGCUGGGUAUUUCAACCAUGUCCUCGAAAGACAAUCCAUGUCGGAAAUUCCAAGCCAACAUUUUCAACAAAAGUAAAUGCCAGAAUUGCUUUAAACCAAGAGAAUCUCAUUUAUUGAGCGACGAAGAUUUAAAUCAGGCAAAACCUAUAUAUGGAGGAUGGUUGCUCCUGGCUCCAGAAGGAACCAAUUUUGGCAAUCCCUUGCACAGAUCUCGGAAAUGGCAGAGGAGGUUCUUCAUCCUAUACGAACAUGGAUUACUCCGCUACGCCCUGGACGAGAUGCCCAGCACGCUGCCCCAGGGCACCAUCAACAUGAACCAGUGCUCUGACGUCAUCGACGGGGAGUCCAGGACGGGCCAGAAGAACUCCUUGUGCGUUCUCACCCCCGACAGAGAGCACUUCAUCCGGGCCGAGUGCCGCGAGAUUAUCAACGGAUGGCAGGAGGCCCUGACGGUCUAUCCCCGGACCAACAAGCAGAACCAGAAGAAGAAGCGCAAAGUGGAGCCACCCACUCCUCAGGAGCCCGGACCAGCCAAGGUGACAGUGACCAGUAGCGGGGGCAGUAUCCCCUGCCUGCCCAGCAGUAUAGCCAGUGCAGAGCGGGUGCCGGCCAGCCGCUCCACACUGUGGCAGGAGGAGAGAUGGAGCAGAGCAUCCACCAUCCCCUGCAGCCGCAGCGCCCUCCUGUCUCAGCCAGCUGACCCAGAGCCACCCGGGGUCAAGCGUCACCAGAGAGGACUGUAGCUCCCUGAGCGGCGGACGCAAGGUGCGAGUGGAGAGUGGCUACUUUUCCCUGGAGAAGACAAAGUCGCCGGAGCCCCCCCAGCCUCCCCAGCACCAGCCCCUGACCAUCUCUACCUCCCUCGGCGUCCUCCACCACAGGCGCCCUCCUCUCCCCUAGCUACUCCACCGUCAGCUCCUCCCAGAGCUCCCUUGACUCGGAGCAAAGCAGCAAUGCCCUGAGCUGGGACAGCCGAG